AUGUCUCAAGCUCGAGUCACAGACUUCUUUGCACAAAGAAAGAAAUGCGCAGGUCCGACUAAAGCGAAGCUCCGCAGCAGCAGAGCACCCUCCGUCUCGGACCAAGACUUCCACUCUUCUGUCCACAAAGAGUUCGUCCGAGUAAUCGACGAAGCUGCGGGACUGGAGCCCUGUGCUGCGGAGCAGGGCAGUCCCCACACUCCCAACAGGACUUCUGAGGACGUUCAGUUUGAUCUCGGAGCUGCAGUUUUCUCCGCCACAACAGACCACAGCACUGCGAAAAAAAGCCGACCUGCAGAUCAUAAACCCCCCAGGAGGACCGCCAGGAAGAGGCUGCAGCUCCCACAGCAUCCAGCACCAAAUCACAAAGAAAGGAUCCGGUCACCCUCUCCCCAACAGAGCUGCCAGGACUCUGGUAAACAAGCCAGCACGGCCCCCAGAGCAAGCGGAAGCAAGGGCCUGUCACACGAGGAACUGUCUGCACUCAAGGCUCGCCUGCAGGGGAUCAAGAAACUGGCAGGGACCCUAAGCACAUCAGCUCCAACCCCAGAGCCCGCUGCUUCCCCACAACCCUCUGUCAAAACUAUAUCUCUGACCUCAGCUGAGGCUACGGCCUCCCCUCAGCCUUCGUCCCAAGACAAGGAGCUCAAGAAGACACUCAACCGGGCUAAGGAGCUAGCAGCAAAAGCCCAGAAGAGGAAAGUGGUUAGCAAGGAUAGUGAGCCUGCAGAAACACAAAGUGAUGUGUUGCCUGCAUUCCAGAAGUACCACACACUUGCCCAAGCUGUUCCUCCUGGCCUUUCUUUGCCAUAUCCGUACAAAGUCCUGGCCGAGAUGUUUCGUUGCAUGGACACAGUGGUGGCGAUGUUGUUUAACCGCAGCGAGACACCCACCUUCAUGAAGAUCAAGAAGGGCGUGCAGGACAUGAUGCAUAAGCGCUUUGAGGAGAGCCACGUGGGCCAGAUCCUGACAGUGUUUCCUGAAGCCUACACCCUGCGGCAGGAGAACAACAUCCCCACCUUCAACAACAGUGUCAGGAAGGGCUCUUAUCAGCUGACUGUGGAGCCUGUCAUCCGGGAUGACUGUGGUUCGAGGCCCACUCUCACAUCAACACGUCUGCUGGAACGACGUCACAUCUUUCACCACAACCUGAUUUCCCUGGUCAAACAGCAUCACAAGGCCUUCCUCUCGUCGCUUGACCCUCCUUUGUCUGUGCCGGAAGAUAAACUCAGCCGUUGGCAUCCGCGGUUUAAUGUGGACACUGUCCCGCCGGUUGCAGACAGCGCCUUGCCGCUGCCCCCUCAGACUGAGCGGCUGACCACUGCGCAGGAGGUUCUGGACAAAGCUCGUGCCCUCAUGACCCCAAAGAUGGAGAGGGCAUUGGUUUCAGUGGCCUUAAAAUCAGCAGAAAAGACUGUUGAGGACAAAGCGGCUCCUGUCCCCGUGUGUCCAGCCUCCACCCAGACGCCUGCAACCUUGAAAGGAGUGUCCCAGUCCCUCUUGGAGCGGAUUCGCGCCAAAGAGGCUCAGAAGCUGCAGGCGGCGAUGACCCGUAAUCCAGAGCAGGACGAGCGGUUACUGAUGAUGUCGCGUCUGGGGGAACUGGCGAGAAUCCUGCGCAACGUCUUUGUGGCCGAGAAGAAACCUGCGCUCAUCAUGGAGGCCGCCUGCAAUAGGAUGGUUGCCAGUUACACAUCUGCUUUGAGCACAGGUGAAAUGGAGAAGCACAUCCACUUGCUGGCUGAGGUUGCAUCUGACUGGCUUACGAUUGUUUCGAUCAGAAAGGACUUUUACCUCAAGUUAAACAAGAGCAUGGAGCUGAGCGUCGUACAGGACAAACUGCGUAUGCGGCUGAAGGAAGAAGAGCGCUUGUGA